UGACUCGUUGCAUAACGACUAGACGCGCACUCGUCACGACUGUUCGUGAAAAAAUUUCAGAUAAAUAGUGAUCGACAGUAAAUGUCGGAGUAAAGUACAGAGGAGAGAAAUGGUGUACAAGUGCCUGAUGUAUUUUUGGCGGACGUGUCUGGCCGAACCAUCAGCCCUUGAAUUUUCUGUUUUUCGAACUCAGUAGUCGUUGCCUACCCGCCGUGGUAAUGUUCGUCCGAUUGCUAGAGCUUGCGGGAGCGUAGCAUCCCUUCGCCGACAAACAUGGAGGAUAACUCUAGGCAAGAAACGGCUUACGUUAGGCAUCGUGGAAGACACGUGAGAACGCGAGUCGCGGUGAUGAUACUCAUCUGCGUCAGUUUAAUGAUCAUUUACUGGUUCGUCAGUUCGACCAUGGAAAAUCGGCGGGAUGGUAGACACAAGGGAUCGACCGGUGGGAAGUCUCAUAAAAUGACCGAGUUGAAAAGGCUAUCCGAUCAGGUUUUACCGUUAGAAUACACUUUGAAAAUAUUGCCCAUAUUAGAAGAGAACAAUUUCACGAUGAUAGGCGAUGCGCAGAUCGAGUUCUAUUCCAAAGUACCAACUAAACACAUACGACUUCAUGCCCACAAGCUGCUCAUACAAGACAUCAGUGUAAAGGAAUAUCGUUUGCCGAACGCACCUAAGUUAACGAGCACGUACGUCAUACUAGAUGAGGAUGACUUUAUUGACGUGUUUCUUCUACAUGUAUUGAUAGCGCAGGAGAUUUACAUUUUGCAUAUAAAGUAUACGAUCCAGCUACAUCAGAAACCGAAAGGAUUUUUCAGGAGCCCGUACAUUGAUCGUGAUACAAACGAAACCAGGUGGAUUGCGAUAUCAAACUUCUCGCCAAAUUACGCUCGAACGGCUUACCCAUGCUUCGACGAGCCGUGGAUCAAGACGCCGUUUCGCAUUUCGAUCGGCAGAAAGUCUAACAUGCAAUCGCAUUCGAAUUCAAUACGCAAAUUCACCGAGAAAAUACACGGCAUGCCAGGAUACGUCUGGGACCAUUACGAGAAAACCAACCGGAUGCCCACUUACGUGGUCGCCUUUAUGGUCACCGAUUUUUCGAGUUAUGUCGUUGCCGUCACGGAUCGACCAUCGCAUACGAUCUUUUUCAGGAAGGAGAUCGAGAAUGAUAUAAGAUACAUCGGCGAUCUGAUACCGAAGGUUCUCCGUGUAAUACAGAACCUUACUGGAUUUCCUUACGAAUUAGAUAAAUUGGAUGUGAUUGUGGUCCCUAAAUAUGCAUAUACCGCAAUGGAAAACUGGGGCCUUAUAACAUUUCGAGAAGAUAUCAUCCUUGUAGAGAAAGAUGACAUUGAUUCCAAAGAGAUAUUGGAUAGUGUCGUGGCACACGAAAUCGCCCAUCAAUGGUUCGGUAAUUUGGUAACGCCAAAAUGGUGGGACGAAGUGUGGUUAAAAGAAGGGUUCGCCUCAUUUUUUGGGUUUCUAGCAUUAAAAACGCUAGAGCCUUCAUCCUGGGACUUGCAGACGCAUUUCCUGAUCCAGUGUCAUAACGUGUUUGACAGCGACACCGACGAAGCGGCACACCCGUUACAUAUUGAUCUGAGGAAACUGAGCAAGCUCACCGACGUCUUUGAUUUGACGUCGUACGUCAAGGGUAAUUGCAUGGCGCACAUGAUCUAUCAUUUUCUGGGCGAGCGGCUCUUCCUCUCGUCUGUGCGCCAAUACAUGUGCAUGUACCAGUAUCGUAACGCAGAUCAGGAGGAUCUCUGGAGCGCUUUUCAGGUGAAGCUCGAUGAAGCGAACGGGCUACCGGCUUCCUCAGAGCUUCGCAUGAAGGACGUUAUGCAAACUUGGACGUAUCAGGCCGGCUUCCCUGUCCUGCGCGUCCAACAGAACAGAAAAACCGGUGCAAUCGAGCUUACGCAGGAUCGAUUUUAUCGUUAUGGCCUAAAUAGUACGAGCGAAGAGUUAUGGCACAUCCCGUUGACGUGGACAACCGAAAAUGAACAGCAAUUUAGUAAUACCCUGCCGAAGGCAUGGAUGGUCAAAAAACGCAUGAAAAUUAACGACAUUGCUUUGAGCUGGGCGACUUGCCACAAGCAGUGGAUUUUGUUCAAUAUCAAUCAAACGGCAUUGUAUCGUGUCAACUAUGAUAUAGAAAAUUGGAAACUGCUGACAAAAUCCUUUCGAGCUCUGCCGGAAGUAACCAAAGCGCAGGUGCUGACUGACUCGUUUGCGAUGGCUAACGCUGAACAGCUUGACAAGAGAAUUAUAUGGAAUUUUCUUGAGAAAAUGGAAACCGAAAGUGGAGAAACUUUGUGGAAACUCACAUUGCAAGUAAUGACUACCAUCUACGAUCAAUUUCGGGACUCAAGCUUACUCAAGUUCGUCAUAUGCAAGUUUAUAGAUAAAGUGUAUAGUAAAAUGGCACCGACGAUUUAUAAGAAUCCCCAGCUGUGGACAGACUUCGAGAUCCACUUAAUGAAAUUGGCAUGUUCGGUAGACCAUCAGGCAUGUUUAACAGCGGUUUCUAACUUUGUUCAAGACAUGUUACGAAGCGAAUCGUCGAACUCUUUACCGCAACAAUUUUGUCGUUGGACGUACUGCACAUUCAUGAAAAUCGCCACGAAGGAAGAAUGGCUGGCACUCUUGAAAAGAUACAACGAGUCAACAGUACAUGAUAAGAAAAAUCUCGCAUUCGCAUUGGGAUGUCACCCAAACGCGAGUUUAUUACAAAAAUAUCUAUCCAUGAUAUAUUCACAAAGAAACGUAACGUCUGAUGCAGCAAUAGCUCUAGAAUCCGUUGCGUUAAAUCCAUACGGAUAUCACGUUGCAAUAGAAUUCAUAACUCAACAUUGGAAUAAGUUUAAUACGAACACUACAGAAGGAAAUACUAAUUACUCAAAUGUUACCUUGAUCGAUGUAUUUAACGCCUUCUCAAAUCUUCAUCAAGAAGAGGACAUGGAAUUGCUACUACAACUGAAAGGCAAGAGCGAGAAGUAUGACACCAUAAUAGGAAAGGUUAUUCAUAAAGUCCAGACCAAAGUCGCAUGGUAUAAAAAAGAGAAAAACGAGACAUUGAAGAUACUGGAGGAAAUUUCUAUGAGACAUAUCGAGACAAAAAAUUGCAAAAAGAUAAUGUUGUAAUCUAAAAUUAAAUUCUUACUCAGUUUUUCAUUUAUUAAUAAAAAUAAUUUAACGAAAGAAUAUAUAUUUUUUAUAGGAUCAAAUAAAGGAAACAUUUUUUCCAUAAAGAAAAA